GCUCAGUCGUUGCCAUGGUGACAUCUCGACCUCGCUCUUGCCUGGAGGAAUUGUGGGAAGCUCGUAAGAUGGCGGCGUCGGUGCUCGAGGUGGUGUUGAGUUGUGAUGCCGGAGGUUCUCUAUGGAACUGCAACGUCUGGGAGCCGCGUUCGGGGACUUCGCUUACCAGCUACCGCGGAGGCAAUACGUCGGCCCGAGGCCUGUGCACCCUCGCUGGCGAGUAUCUCCUGGGAGCGCAGCUCGGCAAGAACUACAUCAGCGUGUGGGAACUGCAGAGGAAGGAUCAACUACAACAGAAGAUCAUCUGUCCUGGGGUUGUGACCUGCCUUGCUGCUUCACCUAAUGGACUUCAUGUUGCUGCUGGGAUUGGAGAGAGCAUCUACCUAUGGGAGGUUUCUACUGGAAAUCUCCUGUUGAUACUGAACAGGCAUUAUCAGAACCUGACAUGCAUUUGCUUCACUGAUGAUAGCAGUCAUUUAAUCUCGGGAGGAAAGGAUAAUCUUGUUCUUGUGUGGAGUCUGUGCAGUGUCUUGCAAGUCAACUUUGCUCAUGUGCCUGAACCUCGAUAUGUCUGGUCUCGUCAUACUUUGCCAGUGACAGACAUACACCGUGGAGUUGGAGGUCCCCUAUCUCGUGUUGCAACAGCAUCUCUCGAUCAAACUGUUAAACUUUGGGAAUUAUGCUGUGGAGAACUCCUGCUGUCUGUGUUGUUUGACGUCGGAAUCAUUUCUGUGACCCUCGAUCCUUGUGAAUAUUGUCUGUUCUGUGGAGGCAACGAUGGAUCGAUAUUUCAGGUUAAUUUGUUCACUGAGCCUGAUUUGAGAGAGAAGAACUUUCAGAUUGACAAAGAUGGCAGUCAAAUUUUCAAGGGACAUCGAAAUCAGGUGACUUGUCUGUCGGUCUCCAUGGAUGGAACUUUGCUAAUUUCAGGAUCACAAGAUGAGACAGUGAGACUGUGGGACAUUCAGAGCAAGCAGUGUCUGAGAACAAUCAAUCAUAAAGGGCCAGUGACAAAUGCCUUCCUGAUGGUUGCCUCAGCCAACAUGUUUAACCCUGACAGCAGACCCAGUCUGAGUCUCCCAAAAUUUAGCAGAUAUUUACACAGUUCAGAAAUUACAGAAAAUGAAGAGGGAGGUGCUAUAACACUAUCUCUUCAGCACAACAAAAAGGAGUCUCAGGAAAGUUACCUCAAAAAAGCUGAGGAGUUGUAUUCUGUUAUGUGUGCUGCCGCAGAUAAGCAUUUGCUGGGAGAUGGCGAGAACACAAAAAUGAGAGUGGCUGAGCUGGAAGACGAAGUGAAGACAUUGAAGAAAAUCAAUAGAGACUUGUAUGAUUUUUCAGUGCAAGUUCUGACCAAACAGACAUAAGUGAAGAAAUACUGCAAAUUAGGAAGCACCCAGUGUCAGGUCUCUGUUGGUAUUACAACAAUACAUUCAUUAGUGUUUAUAAAAUGAACUGCCAUAUUUAAAUAUUUCCACUUGUAGUCCCACUUAUAAGUUUGUUUAUCUGAAUUCUUUUUGCUGGGGGCUCAUUUGCUGAAUGCUUCUUCUCAUUUACAUGUAUUCACAUCUACUUAAGUCAGAUGUUUCUUUAGCUGCUUUUAAGCUGUACUUGUUGGCCUGUUAACAAUCUUGAUUCCAAACAUAUGAGUCCAAUCCUAGUUAGGACCCGAAUAUAAAUUUGCCAGAUUCUUUAAAACCUUUGGAUUGGGGGACCCAGUUGAUACUAGAUCUUCCUGGUGAUUUUUUAUGGAGAGGAUAUUGCUUUCUCCUUUGUUUGAAUUGUAUUUUGAGAAUCAGUUUGUAAAUAUAAUCGAGCCAUACAUAUGAAUUCCACAUUUGACCUCUUGAACCCUGUUUGUACUUCUAACUUUUCUCCAUUAGUUUGUUCUGUUUGAAAGUUAUGGAUUUGGAAACUUAAAAAGGAUUGUUUGUCCAUUACCUAGCUGGGUUUAAGAUCUGUUACCUGUAAAGGAAACCUGGAUUUAAAUCAUAUCUGUGGCUUGAGGCUCCAUGGUGUACACAUUGUCCAAUCUUUCUGAUGAUAAGAGACAUUCAAAUGUUUAAAUAAUAAUUGCAAAUUCUCUGUAGACUGUGAAGUAUUAGGUGUCUCCUAUUCCAUUUCUCCUGUUCUCCUGGUCAAUUCUCUGGCCUCUGAUUAGAUAAUGAUGUAUGUGGGUCAUUCUGGAAUUCAUAUCGGAUUUAUCCUGACUGUGGUUUCCCCUCUUCCUGUGGGAGAUUGCCUUUACUUGACCACUUUUCCACAGUGUUUUAAUUGUAAUCAGGAACUCAGUGUGGGAAAAUUGCUGGCAUAGAUCCACAUCCCAUUUUGGGCAUUCCAGUAUGAUCAAUCACCAAGACAACGAUUGGAAUUGCAAUGUCUACACAGUUACUGGAGUAACUGAUUUGAUCAUGUAAUACAAGUCACACACGUUAACUUUUAUUAUUAUGAUUUUUGUUUCUAUUUAUGUCAAUCUAACCGGCAUCUCCAACUCAUAACUGUAGUUUGAUUGACAGGAGCAUUUAGAAUCCCAGUCCCCCUUAUGGUAUAUUUGCAUUCUACACUGUGCCUCAUAUUUGAAUUGUCUAUUCUCUCUUUUAUUUGUGGGAAAUUUGUACGUAUCUGGAGCAUCUGACAUUUUUAAAAUAAAUGUUUUGAAAUAAA